GCUGCCCGGCAGGAGGAAGCGCCAGAGUCGCCACUGUCCUGAGCACAGCUGGGUUCUGCUUCUGUCCCGCGCCAGCGACGUCGCCCACCGCGGCCGCGGGCACCGGAUACCGUGCUCCGGUGCCGGCCGGGGAUGCAAGCUGCUCCCGUGACGGCAUGGCAGCCUCAGGGUGGGGCCGGGGAUGCGACAUCCUCAUCUUCUACAGCCCAGAUGCCGAGGAAUGGUGCCAGUACCUACAGGAUCUUUUCGUGUCCUGCCGGCAGGUCCGUAGCCAGAAGAUGCAGACAUACCGGCUGGUCCCGGAUACCUCCUUCUCUGCCCAGGACCUGUGGGUCUUCAGGGAUGCGCGAUGCGUGCUGGUGCUUCUGUCUGCGGGGCUGGUGGGAUGUUUCGGCCAGCCAGGACUGCUGCCAAUGCUGCAGCGUGCCUGCCAUCCGCCGCAGCGUGUGGUGCGGCUGCUGUGCGGAGUGCAGCCAGGAGAUGAGGACUUCCAGGCCUUCUUUCCCGACUGGGCCCAUUGGCAGGAACUGACCUGCGAUGAUGAGCCUGAGACCUACCUGGCGGCCGUGAGGAAGGCCAUUUCUGAAGAUUCUGGCUGUGACUCAGUAACCGACACGGAGCCCGAGGACGAGAGAGCUCUUCCUUUCUCAAAGCAGACGAACCUGCCUCCGGAGAUCUCGCCUGGGAACCUGAUGGUGGUACAGCCGGACCGCAUUCGUUGUGGGGCAGAAACCACUGUGUAUGUGAUUGUGAGAUGCAAGCUGGACGAGAAGGUGUCAACAGAAGCAGAGUUUUCUCCUGAGGAUUCUCCCUCCGUCCGGGUGGAAGGCACGCUGGAGAAUGAGUAUACGGUCUCGGUGAAAGCACCAGACCUCUCAUCGGGGAAUGUUUCUCUGAAGGUCUAUUCUGGGGACUUGGUGGUCUGUGAAACCACUGUCAGCUAUUACACCGACAUGGAGGAGAUUGGGAACUUACUGUCCAGUGCUGCAAAUCCUGUGGAGUUUAUGUGUCAGGCCUUUAAAAUCGUGCCCUACAACACAGAGACUCUCGAUAAACUGCUCACAGAAUCCCUGAAGAACAACAUCCCGGCAAGUGGACUGCACCUCUUUGGGAUCAACCAACUAGAAGAAGACGAUAUGAUGACAAAUCAGAGGGAUGAGGAGCUGCCCACCCUGCUGCACUUUGCUGCUAAGUACGGGCUGAAGAACCUCACAGCCUUGCUGCUCACCUGCCCAGGGGCUCUCCAGGCUUAUAGCGUGGCCAACAAGCACGGCCACUAUCCCAACACCAUUGCUGAGAAACACGGCUUCCGGGACCUGCGCCAGUUCAUCGACGAGUAUGUGGAGACUGUGGACAUGCUGAAGACUCACAUUAAAGAGGAGUUGAUGCACGGCGAGGAGGCUGACGAUGUAUACGAAUCCAUGGCCCACCUGUCCACAGACCUGCUGAUGAAAUGCUCCCUCAACCCUGGCUGUGAUGACGAGCUCUAUGAGUCCAUGGCUGCCUUUGCCCCUGCCGCCACGGAAGACCUCUAUGUUGAAAUGCUUCAGGCCAGUGCAUGCAACCCAGGCUCUGGAGAAAGUUUCUCUCGGCCCACUAAGGACUCGAUGAUCCGCAAGUUCCUAGAAGGUAACAGUGUGAAUCUGGCCAGUUUGGAGAGAGAGCAGCACCAUCCCCAUGGGGAAGAACUUUAUCACACUGUGGACGAAGAUGAGACUUUCUCUGUGGACCUGGCCAACAGGCCCCCUGUCCCUGUGCCCAGGCCAGAGGCUAGUCCUCCUGGCCCUCACCCACCGCAAGACAACGAGCCAUACAUUUCUAAAGUUUUUGCAGAAAAAAGUCAGGAGCGGCUCGGGAAUUUCUAUGUUUCUUCAGAGAGCAUCAGAAAAGAGCCACUUGUGAGGCCAUGGAGGGACAGGCCCCCAUCGAGUAUCUACGACCCAUUCGCUGGGAUGAAGACGCCAGGCCAGCGGCAGCUCAUUACCCUGCAGGAGCAGGUGAAGCUGGGCAUCGUCAAUGUGGAUGAGGCCGUGCUGCACUUCAAGGAGUGGCAACUCAAUCAGAAGAAACGAUCCGAGUCCUUCCGCUUCCAGCAGGAAAAUCUUAAAAGACUGAGAGACAGCAUCACCCGAAGACAGAGAGAGAAACAGAAGUCAGGGAAGCAUGCAGACCUGGAGAUCACAGUUCCAAUCCGACAUUCCCAGCAACUGCCUGGGAAAGUGGAGUUUGGCGUGUAUGAGAGCGGCCCCAGGAAGAGCGUCUUCCCGGCCAGGACAGAGCUGAGGCGUGGAGACUGGAAAACAGACAGCACAUCCAGCACAGCAAGUAGCAUGAGUAACCGAUCGAGCACACGGAGCCUCCUCAGCGUGAGCAGUGGAAUGGAGGGCGACAACGAGGACAAUGAAGUCCCCGAAAUUACCCGGAAUCGUGGCCCAGGUCCUACCCAGGUAGACGGAGCUCCAGUUGUGAUCGGAACACCAGUUGGGGCCCUUGAGAGGCCCCCUAGGGUGCCACCUCGAGCCGCUUCACAGAGGCCUCUAACCCGAGAGUCCUUCCAUCCUCCUCCGCCAGUUCCACCCAGAGGUCGCUGAUUCCACUUCCUACACCCAGCCGACUUCAGGACUUGUAAGACUAGCGAUUCUCAGCCUGUUGAUGAAGUCUUCAUAUUGAGUUUCCUGCAUGACUAUGGACCUUGAGAGCCACUGUCACUGGUGAUGGUGUAACCCUGCUGGUUUGGGUGAUCCUUGAAGACAUUAUUAAGGCAUGAUGAAACCUGAGACGAAGGCAACUUUGUUCAACAUUGCCAAAUACAUUGGUUCACAUUCUUGUUUGCCAAAAGGAUGAAGAUGCUUGCCUCUCGUAUGCUACAGCAGGAGACUGCCAGGAUGGAUGGGCAUGUGCUUAACAAGCGAGCAUACUGUAGGAAACAUCCAUCAGUUUGUACAUUCCUGGCAGUGCAGCCUGAUUUCUGGAAGUGGUUAUAGUCCUUCCAGCAGGGGUAAGAGGGGAACCUAACUCUGAAGUCGUUCUUCCACAUUUCUAUGUUUGUCCUGGGGCUGGUCACAUACAACAAGCUGAAAAACAUCUUUGAAGUGGGUUAAGCCAGACUCCUGUUCCACUGUGGCAUUCGGGGUCCCCCAGAAGUGUGGAACAGGUGGUUCUGUCAUCACCCUCUUUCUCUUGAGUGUGUACGUGUGUGGUGUGCAUGUGCAGGUGUAUGUCUAUCUGUCUGUGGGCAUAUGUAUGCACCUGUGUGUGGAGACUAGAAGCGAUAUUGGAAGUCUCUGUCACUCUCCCUCUAUUUACUGAGGCAGAGGAAGCCUCUCAACUGAACUCAGAGAUUACUGGUACAAUUCGUCUAGCUUGCUCCAGAGAACUCCUGGCUCCAUUCUCCCGGUGCUGAAAUUAGAGGCAGGUUGCCAUGGCUCCUUGACAUCUGUGGGAUGCUGGGGAUCUCAAUACUGGUCCUCAUGCUUGGACAGCAAGCACUUUAUCUACUGACCCAUGUCCCAUGUCCCUGUCAGCACACUUUGUGUCUCUAAGAAGUCCAGGCCUUCCACGUCUCUCCCUCUCUUAAGAAAUCUCCAAAUGUAGAAAUAUAGCCUUCCAGACAUCUCCCUUUUCUGAAUCACUCAGGCAUGGGACUGUCAGCUGCCACCUUCACUUUGGCCUUUUGUACCUCAGUGUGCUGUCCAACUAGCUGUGUUAUAGGAAACCACUGAAAAUGGCCAGAGCCAGAAUAUAAUAUGGCCUUUAUAUGUCUUAGUUCUGACCAUAAAGAAGGAGAAGGACCCUUUUUUCUCUCCCCUGAGGAGCCUGAAGUAGUAGAAGAAAGAAGCUAAAAUAUUUUCUCUCAGUAACAAUACUACUGUUACUACCGACUGUUACAAUCAAGCCUGGUAACCCUGUACAGAGAGUACAGAACUGUAACCAUGUUAUGGAUUUUGAGUUCCUGUUAUAUAAAUCUACCUUCAAACCACAGGUCCUUAAUUUUACCUAUGUGUACAGUAAAGUUAUCAGAAGGUGGUCCUUUUAAAAUACAAGUAAUAUGAUUAUUUCUCAUGAAAAUAUUGUCUAAUCCUACAUAGGUAUAUAUUAUUAUUGAUCUGUUCAAAUGUAUUCUUAUUGAGCCCUUUACUCAUGAUUAAAGUUCUCCUUCAAUCUCAUGCCACCAUCCAACACUUCCUGAGUUUAACUUCUGGGGGACUCUUGAGUUGUUGUAUAAAACACACCGUUGAUCAUGUCCACCAUGGGAGAGUAUUUUCACAAAGUACCUCACAGAGAACCUGGAACAUGGUAGCCAUUCUGCAAGUGCCCCUCAACUCUCCUGUCCCUGGUUUGGGAGAAGAGAAUAUUACAUAGAACAAAGGUGACAUCAGUGUGGUGGUCCAGUUCUUUAUCAUCCCCAUCUCGAGGAUUUUGAUAAAAGACUUGUAUCUCAUUAUUUUAAGCCCCCUUUGGAUACCAAAUUUAGGCUAGUGUACAUAUUCUGGUGAGCAAAUUUGAUAACAGCACAGCUGUUUGUGCAAUGUCUGGACAUAUUAUUGCAUUUUAUUCUUGUAUUAAAAUAAAUGGAAAACAAAAUUGAAA